UCUCGAGUAAAUAUUAUAAUGUUUUAAAAACUUUAUAAAUAAUAUAUUUAUUUUUAUAUUCAUUAUGAAUUAUUAAUAGUAUUAAUACCUUCCUGAAAGUUUCUUACCGAAAACCUUCAAUGUGUUAUUCUAGUUAUUCAGUAUUUCAGUAUUGAGUUUUCACUGUUCACCUGUAAUAACAGUAUCGAAAAUGCUAAAUUGAAUCAAACUUACUAUUUAAUAAUAUGGUAUAAAAGUAAUUCGUGAACUAUGUCUUACAGUAAAAGAUUCUCAAUCGACGAUGCAUUUGAAGAUGAACCAAUUGAUGAUAUAAAAGUAUAUGUGUCUAGUUUAGGAAAUUCACCUUUACAGUCGCCUGGACAAACCAAAUUAACUAAUUAUGGUGGUAUUGAAAAUGAAUCGAUUUCAAGAACAAAAAAAUUUGAAGAUACAUUAUCUCGAGACAGUGAUUCAUUGAUUUACAAUUCAACAGCAUAUUCUAACCAAAAGAAUUGGUGUUGGCAUCAUCCUCAAGUACGAGAGAAUUGGCGUGUUGUAUUAGCUGCUGUUAUUUUACUCAUUAUUGGAACUGUAUUAUUAUCAGUGGCUAUAAUUGUGCAGUUAACUCCGAACACAAAUUAUCAUCCAAUAGUGUUUUUCAUCGCCGGCUUCAUAUGUUUCAUACCUGGAGUAUACCAUGUUGUAUAUAUAUAUUUAGCUGCUAGAGGACAUCCCGGUUACAGUUUCUAUAAUUUAUCAUUAUUCAACUGAGUGCUGAAUAAUUUGAUAAAAACAAAGUAAAUGUGUAGUGAAUUAUAUGUAUUUAUUAUAGUUAGAUAUUGAAUAGACAAUGUUACAACUAGAGGCUCCAUCUAUUAUGCAUAAAUUCAGAGUACUUUAAAUGUAUGCUGAAUUUUACGAAACAGGGAAAAUUUAUUUUAUGAGCCUUUGAAUUUAAACUGUUGAGGUGUGCAUUAGUUUUUCCACUGAUUUUAAUUUUUUUGGCUAUAGUAAGAAAAUAUAUAUUUCUUGAUUUUCUGUU